AUGAACGCACAAGAAGCCUCAUCAUUUCCACGGUACAGAAGUCGUUUUGUCCAUAUCUCAGCCAGCGACGUAUUACAGAGGCUGAGAUUCAGUGAGUCAGAUUCAUUACUCGACGUGUGCUGUGGAUCAGGAGAGUUAACCAAACUUGUGACUGAAAAUGCCAGGUUAAAGUCUACUACAGCAAUAGAUAUCAACUCGAAUAUGAUCGAUAUCGCGAAAUCUACAAACAACGCUGACAAUAUUACAUAUCUUGUGGGUGAUGUCGGAGCUGCUGAGACAUUCAAGUCAGAAUGGAAAAACUCGUUCGAUAAAGUGUUGGCCUAUUAUGCUCUGCAGUGGAUUCCUAACUGGCCUGAUACUAUAAUAUAUCUCUACGAAUGUUUGAAACCAGGCGGGGAGGGCUAUAUAAAUAUAACAAUAGAUGAACCUGCAUUAGUUAUAAAUGUAAUACAUGAAGCUGCCUAUCAGCUACCAAGGUGGCAACAAUUUGUGAAGGGAUUCCAGUAUAAACACUAUCCUCUACAAGGCAAUGAAGAAGAUUUCGAUGCAAUUCUCAGAAAAGCUGGUUUUGUUGAUGUCAAAGUCGAGGUAGAAAAGACGUUAAAUUUCUUCCAGUUUGAUACUGAUUUGCAGGCAAAGGAUUUUAUUCGAUGCUUUCUCCCUCAACUGGAGUGUCUACCUGAUGACUUUAAAGAAGAUUUCUUGGAAGACGUUUUCCUCAAUGUUAGAUCAAAAUGUGAGAAGACUGAAGAUGGAAGGGCGGUGUGGAAAAUUCCUACUUUAACUGCUAUGUUCAGAAAAGAGUAA